GGGAGGUGCCCGUGCCCCGCCGCAGCCAUGGGGCAGAAGUGCAUGGAGAACGUGUCCUCCUUCCUCUUCGAGUACGACACCCCCCGCAUGGUGCUGGUGAGGAACAAGAAGGUGGGACUGACCUUCCGGCUGAUCCAGCUCAUCGUCCUGGCGUACAUCAUCGGGUGGGUUUUCCUCUACGAGAAGGGCUACCAGACGCAGGACAGCAUCGUCAGCUCAGUGUCGGUGAAGCUCAAGGGGCUGACGCUGACCAACGAGAGCCGCCUGGGCCCCCACAUCUGGGAUGUGGUUGAUUAUGUCUUCCCACCGCAGGGUGACAGCUCUUUUGUGGUGAUGACCAACUUCAUUAUCACCCCUGGACAAAAGCAAGGAAUGUGCCCUGAGCUGCCGGAUGCCGGGCUCUGCGAGCGGGACAGUGACUGCAGCAAGGGGAAGUACAGCCGCCAGGGACAAGGCCUUAUGACUGGCAAGUGUGUGCAUUUCAACAGCUCUGUGAAGACCUGCGAGAUCUUUGGCUGGUGCCCUGUUGAAGUAGACUAUGAUGUUCCUAACCCUGCCCUGCUAUUGGAAGCAGAAAAGUUCACCUUAUUCAUCAAGAACAGCAUCACCUUCCCCAGGUUCAAGGUGUCCAGGCGCAACUUAGUUGAGAGUGUCACCAAGCAGUACCUGAAGAAAUGCACGUAUCACAAAGUCACGGACUCCUUGUGCCCCGUGUUUGACCUGGGAUACAUAGUGAAGGAAUCGGGGCAAAAUUUUACUCUCCUGGCUGUUAAGGGGGGAGUCGUGGGCAUCACCAUAGACUGGAACUGCGACCUCGACUGGCCUGUCCGGCACUGCAAACCCAUCUACCAGUUCCACGGCCUCUACAAUGAUGACAGCAACGUUUCUCCGGGCUUCAACUUCAGGUACGCCAAGUACUACAAAGAGGACGGGACGGACAAAAGGACGCUGUACAAGGUGUUCGGGAUCCGGUUCGACAUCCUGGUGAAUGGCAAGGCAGGAAAAUUUGACAUUAUCCCGACCAUGACCACAAUUGGCUCUGGAAUUGGUAUUUUUGGGGUGGCCUCUGUCCUCUGCGACCUGCUGCUGCUACAUUUCCUCCAAGGACGGGACUAUUACAAGCAGAAGAAAUUCAAAUAUGCAGAACAGGAGCCUACGAAGUCACAUAAGAAGGAAAAGAAGGUGGACAACACGCAGUGAGAGGUGAACGGCGCUGCCCUCGCCCUGCGCAGCCCACCGUGGGCACCCUGCGGCCCCCGGGCAGCGUGGCGGGGGCUGGCAGGACGCGGCGGGCAACGCCGAGCCCUUCUCCGCCAGCAGCAUCCGCACCAGCCGACGGACCUGCGCCCUCCUCCUCCUCCCCCGACGCGCGGCCGUUGUCCCCCUUCAGCAGCGCCCGGGCCGUCGGUCUGGAGCCCCCGCGGCGAGAAAGUCCUGCGGCGGCAGGGCCCGCCGAGCCCCGUGGCCGGCGCCAGCCGUCCGGCUGUCCGACGCAGCGCCUCCCUCCCCGAGGGCGGCCGUGGCGCCCACUCCCCCGGCGCGGCAGAAAGCCGGUUAUUUUGU